AUGGCACCUCAGAGGAGGGGCGCUCCCAAGGUGCCCGAGGGCAACCGGGAGGCGGACCGCCGGCGCCCGAGCAGCACCAAGAGUGUCCGGGCGUCUCAGGAUGUGUGUAAGAAGUGGCUGAGAGUUGCUGUCCUGGGGGCCUGCACCGUGCUCGUCGCGCUCCUGCUCUGGGGCAGUCUGCGGGGUGAUGACAGGAUCACUGAGGUCCUAGCUCAUCGAAGUGAGGUCCUGCCAGGCAGGUUCAUCGAGGUGCCCUGCUCCGAGGACUAUGACAGUCACCGAAGGUUUGAAGGCUGCUCCCCGAGGAAGUGUGGCCGGGGCGUCAGCGAUGCCAUCAUCACCAGGGACGAAGCCCUGAGGAUUCGCAGCAUAGCUGAGAAGGGGCUGUCCCUAGGAGGAUCAGACGGAGGGGCGUCUAUCCUGGACCUGCACUCGGGGGCCUUGUCUGUCGGGAAGCACUUUGUGAACCUGUACAGAUACUUUGGGGAUAAAAUACAAACUGUCUUCUCAGAAGAGGACUUCCAGUUGUACCGGGACCUGCGGCAGAAGGUGCAGCCGGCAGUCGCCCAGGCGUUUGGCAUCAGUGCGUCCUUGCUGCACCUGACGAAGCCCACCUUCUUCUCCCGCAUCAACAGCACGGCGGCCCGCACGGCGCAUGACGAGUACUGGCACGCGCACGUGGACAAGGUGACCUACGGCUCCUUCGACUACACAUCGCUGCUGUACCUCUCCGACUACCUGGAUGACUUCGGUGGCGGGCGGUUUGUGUUCAUGGAGGAGGGGGCCAACAAGACGGUGGAGCCGAGAGCAGGUCGGGUGUCAUUCUUCAGCUCGGGGUCCGAGAACCUGCACCGGGUGGAGAAGGUUCACUGGGGCACCCGCUACGCCAUCACCAUCGCCUUCACCUGCGACCCCGACCAUGGCAUCGCGGACCCAACGCUCACGUAG